GGAAAGGGCAAUCAUAAUCGCUGAAGCUUCUUCUUCCUUAGUUCCUUCCUUGCGUGAUAAGUUGUAUGCGUUUCUUUUCCUUACCAGUGAAGUCGCAAUUGCAUUUUGGAAUUGGAAUACAACUCUAAGAAAGAAACAGUAUGGAUAGUGGAAGAUGGGGAAGAGGAAGGGGGGUUUCUUGGGGAAUGCUACCGCUGCUUGGUCUUCACGCCGUCAACGAAUACUACCGACUGCCGUGGAAGCCCCCUGUUACGGCGGGCCUUCUCGCUGCCAACACACUCGUCUACCUCAGGCCUUCUUUGCUCGAUGCUCUCCUUCCUACUAUCGAUGAGGUUUGGUUCAAUCCUCAUCUCAUUCUCAAGUACAAAGACAUGAAACGCUUCUUCCUGUCACCAUUCUAUCAUGUCGGUGAAUCUCACCUAGUUUUCAACAUGAUGUCACUCUUAUGGAAGGGUAUCCAAUUGGAAACUUCUAUGGGGAGCUCUGAAUUUGCAUCUAUGGUCAUUGCACUUGUUGGUAUGUCACAAGGUAUCACUUUGUUACUAGCCAAAUCCCUCCUCCUGUUCCUUGAUUAUGAGAGACCCUAUUACGCCCAAUAUGCUGUUGGAUUUUCUGGUGUCCUCUUUGCCUUGAAAGUUGUCCUCAAUUCUCAGUCAGAAAACUACACUAAUGUGUAUGGACUGAUUGUACCGGCACGUUAUGGGGCGUGGGCAGAAUUGAUUCUUAUUCAGAUGUUUGUCCCUGGUGUAUCAUUUCUUGGCCACCUGGGUGGUAUUCUUGCUGGGCUUCUCUAUUUGAAAAUGAAGCGAUCAUAUUCUGGUUCAGACCCAUUGACUGCAAUAAUCAGAGGGGUCUGUGGUGUGUUAAGGUGGCCUCUAAGGUUUAUAAGUGACAUGUUUCGGUUAAGGAGAGGGAGAAUCUCUGGCAGGGGAACUGUUGGUGGGAGACAGACAGGAAAUGUGUCUGGCAUAUGGAGAUGCCAAGCAUGUACAUAUGAUAAUUCCGGUUGGUUAAGAACUUGUGAGAUGUGUGGAACGACUCGAACCAGCAACACUGGGUCAUCAGGUCAAGCGUCUCGUGGUUCUCGUGACCUUACUCUGGAAGAUUUACGGCGUAGAAGAGUUGAAAGAUUUGGUUGAUGGUCCAAUAUUAACUUGAUGUAUAGAAACAGAAGAGCGGAUUACCAUUGCAAAAAAUGUUAGGAUUGUAUUUGAUUUGUUCCUCUCCGUACAUAUUGAUGUUCAAUCUGCCAGGAUUAUGAACGAAUUAUACUUCAAUUAGGAUUCUUUUUUUAUGAAGAAAUGUUUAGAAAUAUUCGGAAAGCAAUGAUUCUCAUUUUCCAACUA